AUGGCACUCUCGCCAUUUGCCUCCCGAUCACCAUCCGUCACUGUAUCAUCACCAAGUGCUCUCCGAUUGAAGGCAGCUGUCCAAAGUUCAACUGGAACUGUGACGGCAAAGGCUGCCGCUCCAGACCGAGAACUUACUGAACAGCUCAAUGACGAUAUCAGACAGAAAUAUGUCAAGGAUAAGAAGCUAGGUGAAGGUACAUAUGCCGUUGUUUACCUCGGACACCUCCGCGACGACCCAUCAUCAUGUGUGGCGAUCAAAAAGAUCAAGGUCAAUGCCGAAUACAAAGACGGACUCACCAUGGACGCAAUUCGCGAGGUCAAAUAUCUCCAAGAACUAUCUCACCCUAAUGUGAUCGCUCUUCAUGACGUUUUUUCGUCUAAAGACCAAAAUCUCAGCCUCGUUUUGGAAUUCCUCCCCCGAGGAGAUCUGGAGAUGCUUAUCAAAGACGGCGAUAUACAUUACGGGGCGGCCGAUAUUAAGGCGUGGAUGGGCAUGCUUGCACGAGGAGUAUGGUUUUGUCACGAGAACUUCGUACUACACCGGGAUAUCAAACCCAAUAACUUGUUGAUUGCCUCCGACGGUGAAGUCAAACUGGCUGAUUUUGGUCUAGCCCGAUCAUUCGCUGAUCCUUAUCUUAAUAUGACCCACCAGGUCAUUACACGCUGGUAUCGGCCACCAGAAUUGCUCUAUGGGGCUCGUCAGUACUCUGGUGCAGUCGAUGUGUGGUCUAUGGGGAUGGUAUUUGCUGAGUUACUUCUGCGAGUCCCAUUCGUGGCCGGCAACACUGACAUGGACCAAAUUACGAAGAUCUGCGAGGCCUUUGGUACCCCGACAGAGGAUAAUUGGCCUGGGGUCUCCCUUUUGCCAAAUUACAUCCCUACAGAUCCUAGUCAUAUGGUUCCUUUGCAGGGGCGUGAGUUCUUCACUCGGCAGUUUCCUACCGCUGGACCGGUGGGUGCCGAUCUACUGAUGUCAAUGUGCUCACUGGACCCACGCAAGCGUAUCACAGCCCUACAAUCUCUGCAACACCAGUGGUGGUCAAUCGAGCCACGCCCAACCAAGAAUGAAGAUCUUCCACGUAAAUCUGGAGAAAAGAAGAUGGGUGAUGACUUGAGUCGACGGGCAGGUGAAGCUGACGGACUCUUCAAGAAUGCAGCUCGACAGUUAGAUUUUGGAGGCAUUCGAUAA